GAGAGAUCAAGAAGUGGGUUCACUGUACAUCGAAAUGGGUCGAGGCCUGGAUGCGACGAACACCCCGAACCAUGGAUAGAUGCGCCUCUGGUUCCACCACGGGGAGGCCCGCCAUCGCGACACCUAAGCCGUUACAUCAUGACCUCGGCUGUCCUGGAUACAAUCGCAAAGUUUCUUCGAUGACGAGACACUCGUCCUGUCCUUACGACUACCACUCCAGACACAUCUACAGUCGUUUUCCAUGAGGGACUCCGGUGCGCUCUCUAGCCCGCGAACGCGACACCCGCAGCCAGCCUUGCCGGCCCAGCUUCUACUCGACCAUGCAAUUCCUUAUCCGCUUAACUGUGGCCGCUCUGUUGGUCCUCACUGUGCUCUGGGUCGGAUCGCAAGUGAGCAUAGUCCAGCCACAGCAGGAGAUAAUCCCCGAGACGAAUCCGGUGGAGGAUGAAUAUCGAGCGGCCACACCUACCAAUUCUAUACAGCCGGAUAUUGCAGAUAUCUCGCACACUCCUUCAGCCUCGCCUUCUCCUUCAGUCGGCAGGAAGAAGCGUCCGUCGAUAACGGACCUCCUCCCAUCUUACCAGAAGGACACUGCAUCCCCUCAAUGGGCCAUCGACAACAUGCUUGACACGACACAGACACCCAUUGACGGCGUCAUUGUCGUCGGAAGACUCAAAUUCGAGAGACCUGACUGGCUCAUCAAUGAAUUGCCUGACUGGCGCCACGCAAUCUACACGCGCGACGACCGUCGGCACCCCCUCAGCAUCCCCAAGAAUAAAGGCAAAGCCAGCACCGUCUACCUCCAAUACAUCAUCGACCACUACCACCACCUGCCCGCAACGAUCGUGUUCCUGCACAACCACCGCAAACCAGGUCACACUGAGUUCCGCGACUACGGGAACGUGGCAGCCGUUACUUUUCUCCGACGGGAUUUUGUGCAGAAGAACGGGUUCGCUAAUCUCCGCUGUACUACUAGCAGUUCUUCUACUUCAAGUACCGAGUGCGGGAACGUGAUUCGUCCGGUUUCCGAUAACAAAGAGAGUAGUGCGCAAGCAUCGUCGGUUGAACAGGAGUAUCCAACUAUCUGGAAAACGUUUUUCAAUAGCACUGAUGUGCCGGAGAUGAUUGCGACGCCGUAUUGCGGGCAGUUUGCGGUGUCGAGGGAGCAGGUGCGCAAGCGGCCGAGGGAGGAGUAUAUGAGAUAUCAGCAGUGGGUGAUGGAGACGAAGUUGAAGGAUGAGGAGAUCGAGCAGGUGAUGGGGUCAUUGUGGCAUGUUAUCUUUGGGAGGGAGGCUGUAUAUUGUCCUGAUACGGCCAAGUGUUUUGAGGAUGUUUAUGGGUUGUGAUUUUUCACUGCUACGAUAGUAUAGUUCGAUAGUGAGGUAGUGACACUGAAUAGAUA